AUGUCCGAAUCGAGUUGCUUUAGUUAUGGUGAUAAUGGAGCAUUUUCGCCAUCUAUGGAUGUAACUACGCAAAUCCAAAAUGGAAUGCCACAUGGAAAUGGAAAUUCGAAUUAUUCAAGUGGUUCAGGAGGAGAUUCUCCGAACUCUUUAAGCCCAAUUGCAGUAUCAUCCGGUGGUCCCUUUAGUGGUAUUGGUGGUAACUCGAAUUCAUCUGCAGGCUCAACACCAACAGCGACAACAAGUGGUGCCGCAGCCGCUGCUGCCUCUCGUUAUGCUUGCGUUAUCUGUGGUGAUAAAGCAUCGGGAAAACAUUAUGGAGUUCACAGUUGUGAAGGGUGUAAAGGCUUUUUUAAACGUACUGUACGCAAAGAUUUAACAUAUACAUGUCGAGACAAUCGUGACUGUAUCAUCGAUAAACGGCAGCGUAAUCGAUGUCAAUAUUGCCGUUAUCAAAAAUGUAUUACUGUUGGCAUGAAAAAAGAAGCUGUACAAGAAGAGCGCCAAAAAUCUGCUAUGAAUGGCGAAAGUGAAUCCCCAUCGUCACCUAUCGCUAGUACUGGCAGUAAUAGUAAUCACAUUAAUACAGGUUCAGGCUCAAUGGGUGAAGAAGAAACUUUAAUUGAAAAAUUGAUUACUGCUGAAUUAUAUGUUGAACAAAAACUUGAUUCCUACCACGAAGAAGAAUGCUCAUAUGACCGCCUUACGUCAACCAGUCAUACUCAAAUUGUUCGCUUAAUUGAUUGGGCAAGACGUGUACCAUAUUUUACUACAUUGUCAAUGGAUGAUCAAAUUGCAAUUGUUCAAGCUUCAUGGAGAGAUAUUUUAUGUUGUUCAUUAGCUUACAGAUCAAUUAUGGCACCUGAUUGUGGUUUGAUUCUAUCGGAUGGUUCAUAUGUUCGACCACAUACAGCUGUUGAUCAAUCUCUUCAGUUUUUUAUUACUCGCCUGUAUCAUGAUGUCGUGACAAUAUUACGCGAAUUGAAUGUUGACAAAGUCGAAAUAACAUGUCUCAAGGCUAUAUUUCUUUUUGAUCCUGAUGCUAAAGACGUUCUUGAUACAACUCGCGUAUCUGAAUUACGUGAAAAAAUUUGUAUGUCGUUGGCAAUGUAUUGCAAAAAAUUUCACAGCGAUGAUGUCGCUCGUUUUGCUAAAUUACUUCUUCGUAUGCCACCAAUUCGAGGUUGGUGUAUAAAAGGUAUUGAAAAUUUAUUUUUUGCCGCUGCAGCUCACUCAGUCGACUCCGAUAUCACGCGUAUGCUUCGAAGUCCUUAA